ACCAUCGUGGGGAUCAUCCGGCACUCGGAGAAGGCGCCGACAAACAUUCUGUACAAAGUGGACGACAUGACGGCAGCCCCGAUGGAUGUCAGGCAGUGGGUCGACACUGAUGAGGCAGGUAGCGAGAACGUGGUGAUACCUCCAGGAACUUACGUGAAAGUUGUUGGUCAUGUUCGGUUUUUCCAGACUAAGAGAAGUUUGGUGGCAUUUAAGAUCAUGCCUCUGGAAAACAUGAAUGAGUUCACCGCACACAUCCUAGAGAUUGUCCAUGCACAUAUGCUCCUCAGCAGAAACGUUAUGCCAGCAUCAAAAGCCCCUCAGUCGUUCGGCACUGGGAUGGGUGAAGUGGGGGGCUAUGGAGGAGGUGGCAGCCUGCCAGUGAACGGGCUCACAGCACACCAGACUCAGGUGCUGAACCUGAUUAAAAACUGCCCUGUCCCAGAAGGCAUGAGUCUUCAAGAGCUGAGUGUUCAGCUCCAGAACGUGAGCAUGUCAACCAUCAAGCAAGCCGUUGAAUUCCUUAGCAGUGAGGGACACAUCUACUCCACUGUGGAUGAUGAUCACUACAAGUCAACAGAUGCUGAGUGA